UUCUUCUACUUCAACCACGCUAUCAUCUACACCUCUCACCAAGACACCCACACCUUUUCUACCACCCACCUACAAUACACUCAAUAAAUCACCCCCCUAAAAAACAAAGAUGUCCCGCCAUCACCCCGACCUCGUCAUGUGCCGCAAACAACCCGGCAUCUCCAUCGGCCGCCUGUGCGACAAAUGCGACGGCAAAUGCCCCGUGUGCGAUUCCUACGUGCGCCCCACCACCCUCGUCCGUAUCUGCGACGAGUGCUCCUUCGGCAACUAUCAGAAUAAGUGCAUCGUGUGCGGCGGGGAGGGCAUCAGCGAUGCCUUUUACUGCUUUGAGUGUACCCGGCUGGAGAAGGAUCGGGACGGGUGUCCGAAGAUUAUCAAUUUGGGGAGUUCGAGGACGGAUCUGUUUUAUCAGAAGAAGAGUUUUCGGAAUCAUUGACCUUGAUCUUCUUUCUUUGUUUCUUUCUUUCUAUCUACUUUACUUUGUUUGUGUGAUCCUGGGGGGUUAUGUGGAAGUGUCGACAGGAUAUAUUCAGGCAGACUUCUAUGCUAUAUGCUAUGCUACUACCACUGGUCUAAUCGAUUCCAGACCCUUUACCGGCCCGGUCUUCUCGGUCGCGCGAAUCCCCGGUUGAUGCCGUCGUUGCGAGCCGGGUGCACUUCCUCGUGCAGUCUCUCCUCGCUGAUCUCGUCGGGCGACGACGCUUCGAUCUACAGUCAUUAGAUGGAUUCGGAACGCGAGAGGAUCAAUCCAGACAUACCUUCUUCGAAAUGUUGAGCCCCUGCUGCUGGGCCAGGUGCAGCGCAGACAUCCGGGAGCUGGCGUACAGCAUGCGCUGCUUGAUCGACGACCCGGACGGACAGGUGUACACGAAGAUGACGACGUCCGA